AUGGCGCUGUCUGCCUCCUGGACGUCGUUCCUCAAGUCCAUUGCGUCGUAUAACGGCGACUUGUCGUCGUUGACGGCCCCACCCUUCAUUUUGUCCCCCACGUCUUUGGUUGAAUAUUCCCAGUACUGGGGCGAACACCCCGAUCUUUUGUUGGAGCCAAACUUCUACCAGAGCGGCGACGGUAAGGAUGGCCAGGAUGCAAUGGCGGUCAAAAGGAUCAUUGCCGUGACGAAGUGGUUCAUCUCUACGUUGCGCUCGCAAUACUGCUCCAGAAACGAGAGCAUGGGCUCCGAGAAAAAGCCAUUGAACCCAUUCUUGGGUGAGCUUUUUGUCGGGAAAUGGCCCGAUCUGUCGAAGGACCAGAAACUCGGCGAAACGGUGCUUUUGAGUGAACAAGUCUCGCAUCACCCCCCUGUGACGGCCUACGCCAUCUUGAACGAGAAGAACAACAUGACGUUGCAAGGGUACAAUGGCAUCAAAGCCACGAUCAGCGCUACACUGAUCAACGUCAAGCAGUACGGCCACGCCAUCUUAGAAUACAAGGACUUGAACGAGACCUACUUGAUUACUCUCCCUCCUUUGCACAUCGAGGGCCUCAUUGUUGCUUCGCCAUUUGUGGAGUUGGAGGGCACCUCGUAUAUCCAGAGUUCUUCUGGAUACCUCGCCGUAAUCGACUACGCUGGUCGUGGGUACUUCAGCGGAAAGAAGAACACCUUUAAGGCGCGAAUUUACAAAGACAAAUUUGCAAGUGCGCAUAAGGAAAACGCUUUGGUCACCAUGAGCGGACAAUGGUCGGGCAAGUCCUACAUCGGUAAGGGCUCGCGCACGCCAAGCAGCAGCGGUGAAUUAUUUUACGAUGCCGCGGAGAAGACGCCAGAGCACCUUGUCGUCAAGCCAAUUGAGGAACAACACGCGUUGGAGUCCAGAAAGGCAUGGGAGAAAGUGGCCAUUGCCACGAGAUCUGGUGACUAUGACCUAAUUUCCAAGGAAAAAUCGCUCAUUGAGAAUAAGCAGAGAGAGAUGAGAAAGCUGGAGCGGGAAGCGGGAUCUUUGUGGAAUGUGCGGUGGUUCGAUCUGGUCGAUUUCAACGGCGAGAACGGGACGGCAGGCAGCGAUCCAUUGGUAAGCUUGGCUAACGUGGCCAGCUUGAGUAUCGGGAACGUGCCGCUGGGCUCUGCCAAGGGAUGCAAGCGUGAGGGCGAAUCAAAGCUUCACUGGAGAUUUGCCAGAGACAGAUGGGAGGACGAGAAGGAAGUCAAGAUUUGA